GUCAUUUGUUUCCGUUCGCGCCACAGCCAAAAUAUUCGCAGCUUAUUUUCCAUUUUUUUAUUUCUUGCCAUUUUUCGAUAGACCUAUGAGACUGGAAAAAUGUUCUUGAGUUGAAUUCCACUGUUGAAGUUUUUUCAUUAUUUUUUUAAUGCUAUUCCCACUUGUCAGGCUGUCAUGAUCAAGAAUUUUCUUUAAAAAAUGUCCGACUCACAACUCGACACUCCAGGAACAACCAGCAGAAAGCGCCUUUUCAAUGAUGCGUUUCCCGCAAGCCAAAGUUCUGCAUUUCACGCACCUUCGCAGUAUAUAGUGAACUUCCCAGCGAAAUUUGAAAAACUCUUGCAAGAAGUUGCUUUCCAACAAGAUGAUUUGCUUGAGUCUGCAAAGAGGAAUAAAUCUCGGGCAACGGUUUUUGUUGCCAAGCAGCUUAUAUCUGACAAAAAAUUUUCCAAGAUUGCGCUCGGAAAACUCGUCAGGAAUUACUCACUUCCCUUAGAAUUCCUUUGGAUGUUGCAAUGCGCAGAAAUACUCCACUUCAGUCUCUACGUUCCUGCUCAAUCGGAUGAAAGUUUGCGAUCACUCGGAAAUCGCUUGGCUACUUUUCUGAGCCAGUCGCAGGACAAUCCACAGUUCAGCUCCAUAUCUGGAAUUUCGAUUGACCUCAUGACAAGCUGCAUCAUGCUGGUCCACGGCCCAGACCCACCGCCAAAUCUCAACCCAGUUCGAAAGGCCUGCAGGACUUUGUUGACCCACGCUUUGAAAGAAUGUCACUUUCCUCUUGAUGAAAAUGAUAACGGUAUUUAUUUACACAAUCAAAUGAUCUUUUGGUUGGCAGCACUGCUUCGGUAA